UCGAUUCUUACGGCGCCGAAUAAAGUCGAACAAGCCUACAGUUAUGCACAGACAGUAGGCAGUCAAACAGAGAGGACCGUGAGGACGUACAUAGCCCUUUAAAUAAAUACUGUUCGUUAUGCACGCAUAACUGAUGUCAGUGGGAGAGAUCUCCUUUUGGAACAAACCGUCACAGCUGGACAAACACUUGAGUUUAUUCUCCUAACCAUCAUCCCAGUUCCCCGUUCAAUGCCUAACACUGUGGAAAGUGAAGGCGCCAAGGUAUCUGCUAGUAGUGAUCAGGAGGCCCCAUCACGGGCCCCGGGCAGAGAGGAUGAACGUGAACGCAGCUUCCUGAGCACUUUGACACGUGACGCGCUGAGGGCUCGACGGGCAUCUAGCGCAGAGCUCCAGCUUCCAUGGACCUGCCCUGUAACACAUUCCCGGGAGAAGUUUUACACCGUAUGCUCUGACUAUGCGCUGCUCAAUCGAGCCCGACCCAUCGUCACAUCUGAAGAUGUGCCGAAUGACAAUCCAGACAGCGGGACGUUAGUCAAGCCCAACACUGCUUCCUCCUCCCAGGGUCACUCUGGGGGAUUAAGCAUGUCGUUAGAUGGGAACUGUGAUAUGGAAGUGACAUCCAGCAACAAGCCUGUGCUGGCAUGGGAGAUUGACACCUCGGAUUUUGAUGCGGUUCUAACCCGAAAAUCCAAAAUGAGUAAUUUAAAGAAAUCAAACUCCAAGAAAAUGAAAUCAUCAGACAGGCAGAGCAGAAACCUUCAAGAUCUGCCACCACAAGCUUCUCUGGAGGACAUCAAACAGAGAAAAGUCUUGGACCUCCGUAGAUGGUACUGCAUCAGUCGCCCCCAGUAUAAAACAUCAUGUGGAAUCUCUUCACUGGUCUCCUGCUGGAACUUUCUCUACAGUACUUUAGGAGCAGGCAGUCUUCCACCUAUUUCUCAAGAAGAGGCCCUACAUAUACUUGGUUUCCAGCCUCCAUUUGAAGACAUCAAAUUCGGACCAUUCACAGGCAAUGCCACUUUAAUGCGAUGGUUCAGACAAAUCAACGAUAAUUUCCGUGUCCGAGGAUGCUCGUAUAUUCUGUACAAACCUCAUGGGAAGCACAAGACAGCAGGAGAGACAGCCGACGGGGCUCUGAUGAAGCUGACCCAGGGCCUCAGAGAUGAAUCCAUGGCCUACAUUUACCACUGUCAAAAUCACUACUUCUGUCCUGUGGGCUAUGAAGCUACACCACUAAAAGCAACCAAAGCAUACAGAGGAGCACUUGCUCUCAAUGAGAUGGAACACUGGAUUCUGAUUGGUGAACCAAGCAGGAAACAUCCUGCAAUCCACUGUAAAAAGUGGGCAGAUAUUGUGACAGAUCUGAACACUCAAAACCCUGAAUACUUAGACAUUCGCCAUAUAGAGAGAGGCAUUCAGUAUCGUAGAACCAAGAAGGUGGGGGGCAAUCUGCAUUGCAUCAUGGCAUUCCAGAGAGUAAACUGGCAAAAGUUGGGACCGUGGGCGCUGAAUCUGGAAAAUUUGAGACAUGAUCUCCACCAUCAGGAUCCAGAGAACAGAAGCCAAGCACCAACAGAUGACGCUUUUGAGGAGAGAGCCGUAAAACGUCUGGGCAGGUCCCUUAGCACAGGAAACCAGAAGUUAGACAGUGGUUGGAAGCGUUUGUCGAACACUGCAGAGUAUAGGCACAGAGGGUCUCCAGAUAGUGACCAAGAUGAAGACAUAACUGAUUAAAUCAUCAUUUAAAUUAACCUUUCCGGGCUGUUGGCAAAAUUGAAAGGUGAUAAUUACAGUAGAUAUGUAAUAUUAGCAAUGCAAUGGUGUUUGAGGGAGUGUAAUGUUGCUGGCUUGAUUACUGCAAGGAAUGGGUUGUAUCAUCCCUUUAUCAAAGCUUUUACCGUAACUUAAGGUUGCUUUAAAAGAUUUGUUCUAACAAUCAGUUAAUGUUAGGCCUUAAUGUAAACAGAUUCCAGGUUUGGUCAUGUGAUAAGUUAAGAUUUAUUCUUUUGUAUUUUGUUCAAAGGUUUGCCCAAUAGCUUUCAAGAAAGAGGUUAUGUCACCUCUAAUAGGUCAAAAUGCUGCUUUGUUAAAAAUAUUGUAGAUAAAUGGAUCAUAUAGUGCAAAAUUUUACUGCACUGUUAAUACCAAUGAUAUUUGAUUUUUAGGUAUAUAGCAUUAUUCCAUUUCAAUGAUAUGCUAUUCAUUAAAAAUAGAUAAGUGGAGUACUGUAUGGACACUAUGUUAAUAAUGGAAAAUGUAUUAAAUGUACAUCUUGGAUGAUCUUAAACUGAUAGUUCACCCAAAACCAAACCGAUCGUGAGCCCAAUUAAAUUCCUAGUAUUCUUUUUUUUCCCACAAUACUAUGGAAGUCAAUGGGGCUUAUGAACGGUUAUUCCUCAAAAUAUCUUCCUUUGUGGUCACACAGUCCAGUAAGAUGAAGCCAUCUGUAAAUAGUACUGUGAAGGAUUAAAGGUGUUUUUGUGAAAUGCUGUAAGCUAUGACUGCAUGAUUGUCUUCAUGUUAUAUGCAUUGCAAAUUGUUUUCUUUGCUUAACACAACAUCUAAUGUAUCCAUUUUCAAUGUGUAGU